GCGUCUCAUUGAUAACUGUUUCUAUAAAAGUGUAUAUGUAACUAUUACAUAUUUUUAUUUUGUAUUAAUAUAACUAUGUGUAGUACAUAGAUAGAGAGAUGAAUAUAAAGUUAUUUAGUGUUUGUUUGUAUAAUUUAAUUCAGAUAAUAUCAGCUCAAGUCUUGAGACAAGAUGUAGCCAGUCUAGAUAUUCUGAAUAAUCUACAAUAUAUCCCACUGGCAGACCUAAUCAGAUCAAAAAGGCAAUUCAACAACCCGCCAGUCAAUUUGAAUAAAAAUGCCAACUUGCCAAACGGUCUCGGAAAUGGCAUGCCAUUCGGCAAUGUAUUGCCAAAGAAUAUCAACAACAAUGGAAUUAUAAAUGGUAGAACAUUGCCAUUUAAUUUACCGUUUUCAAACAAUAUAAAUAUUGGUCCUCAAAAUAGAAUAUUACCGAAUAUAAAUGGCAUUAAUAAUAACGCAUUUACUAUUAACAAUUUGCCAGCCUCUAACAAUGUUAUUGAAAAUUUAAAUAAUUUACCAAAUCCUGGAAAUAUAUUGCCAAAUAAUAAUCCACUUCCUAAUAUUUUGCCUAAUAUUAAUCAAGUUCCAAAUGUCUUACCGUCUUUUGAAAAAGAGCCAUGCAACGUUCUACCGUCUCUAUGUAAUAACGGUUUGCCACAAAGUAAUUUGCCAUUUAGUAAUGUAUUGCCCUCAACUAACUUGCCAAACAGCAAUAUUUUGCCAUCCAAUAAUAAUUUGCCCAAUAUUAAUUUAAUGCCAACAAAUUCUUUACCAAAUGUUUUACCACAAAAUAAUUUACCAAAUGGAAACGUAAUGCCAAUAAACAAUCUGCCAUACAACGAUGUUUUGCCAUCAAACAAUUUGCCAAUCAACACUUUACUGCCAAACCUCGAAAAUUUUCGAAUAACCGGUUUCCAAUUUGCUGAUGGAGUUACAAAUUUUAACGGAAUACCUCAAAAUAACUUGCCAAUAGGGAAUUUAAAUAAUAAUGUGAACAAAAUGCCAGCUUUUAAUAUCAUACCAGACACAGUGCAAAGAAUUCCUGAAGAAUUAUCGCCUAUAAAUAACUGCCAAAACCACAAUGGAAACACUGGCAGUAAUUCAGUACCAAUUAAUUUACCUUUUAACGACGGAUUUUCAAGUUGUAAUCUACCAAUUGGUAACAUUCCUUCACCCAUUACCAGUGAACCGCAAUAUAUCAAUUAUUAUGCCAAAGGAAACGGUAUGCCAGACGCAAGAAAUGUAAUAGGAAAUCCGAUGCCAGUUACUAAUCAUCAAUUGAAUGGCAUUCCAUUUAAUAAUGGCAUCCCUUUAGCUAAUAAUCCUUUAAUUGGGACUACAGUAAUGCCAGUAAAUCCAUUACCACCUUCUAAUAAUAUAAUAUUAAUCGAUCCUAUAGAAGCUUAUUUGCAAAAUGUUAUAAGUAGCGGCAUUUUGAACAACAAUCACAAUCAAUGCACCACUCCUCAAGUUCCUGUUAAUAAUUUUCAAUAUGAAUAUCUAAAUAGUAACAUGCCAGUCAUUCCGAAUUUUCCGGAAAACGAUUGCCAAGCCGAUUUUGUGUUUAACAAUUUGAAUUUGGCACAAGAAAUUGUUAAGAGUUUGAAAAUUGAAGGGCUGGAGAAUUUGCCAUUUUUAAACGGCUUGCCAGUGGCUGGCAUAACAGAGACUGUGACGGUUUUAAAUAGUCCUUGCAUGUAA